AUGGAGGUAGAGCAAUGGCUUCACAUGGCCAACGGCGACGGAGAGAACAGCUACGCCACCAACUCCAGACUCCAAGAGAAGGCCAUGCUUGAGACCAGGCUGGUGCUCCUGGGCGCCGUGGUGGAGCUGUACAGGUCACUGCCGGACAAGAGCACCAUGGUCGUCGCCGACCUAGGCUGCUCGUCAGGGCCGAACACGCUGCUGCUUGUGUCGGAGGUCAUCGGUACAAUCUCCGACCACAACCGGGAAGAAGAGCAGGAGCAGCGCCCUCCUGCCGCAGCCAUGGAGUUGCAGUUCUUCCUCAACGACCUGCCGGGGAACGACUUCAACCUCGUCUUCAGGUCGCUGGGUCGGCUGCAGGAGCUCACCGCCGAUAGGAGGCCGCAAUACUACGUGGCCCGGAUGCCGGGUUCUUUCUACACCAGGCUGUUCCCAUGCCGGAGUGUCCACCUCUUCCAUUCCUCCUACUCCUUCAUGUGGAGGUCCAAGGUGCGUGCGUACAAACCAGUUCGAGGCAUUGUUUGA